CAGAGAAUUAGCAAAUAUGGGCUUAGCUGUGCUACCACCAGACUCUGAGGAGGAGAUUGUGCAACCCGAUGUGUACGAGGAUGAGGAGGACGGUGAUUCCUCAGAGCACGAAUAUGGCGGACGACCGUCAAAACGCCGCCGACUGUCAUCUUCAUCCAGACAGAUAGCGCUGCCCGGAGAAGUAAUUACUGAGGAUACGCAAUGGAUGAGGGGACAUGGUACCUUCAUGCCUGAGCAAUCAACCACCAUGAUCGCAACCCUUGCGGGCCCGCUCAAAAAGACGAACAAACUCCUUUCAGUCGCCCCUCUCCGCGCAAGAUAUACGCCGGAAAUUGGCGACCUGGUUGUCGGCCGGAUAGUGGAAGUUCAAAAGAACCAGUGGAAAGUGGACGUUGCGGCACCAUUAUUGGCACAGUUACCCUUGUCGUCCAUCAAUCUCCCCGGAGGUGUGCUGAGGCGCCGCACAACCGCCGAUGAACUGCAGAUGCGGAAUUACUUCCAAGAAGGAGAUCUACUCGUUGCGGAAGUUCAACAACUGAGGAGCAGUGACGGGACGGCAAACUUGCACACUCGAAGUCUGAAAUACGGCAAGCUCCGAAAUGGCAUGUUCCUUGCGGUGACUGGGACCGGCGGCGGCGGCGGCGUCGUUCGCAGCCGAAGACAAGUCUUCACGAUCAACAGCGGCGCCCAAGGUGGCGGAGACGUCAACGUCAUCCUCGGGGUGAACGGAUACAUCUGGCUGAGCAAGCACAUGGAACAAGCCGAAGACCAGGGCAGGAUGAGCGGCGGUGUCAGCAUUUCCAAUCUCGACGACGUGGUCAGCAGUGCCAUCUACUCGAGCCAAAACGACGAUAUUGGAGAGGGCACCAGACGGGAAAUCGCGCGGAUCUCAGAGUGUAUUAAAAUUCUGGCCGAAGAUGGGGUCAGGGUCGACGAGGACAACGUGCUCAAGGCCUACGAAGCUGCCGUUGAUGCCGAAAUGAACGUCAUGACAGACCAGGAAGCCGUCGCUACCAGUUUCAGCGAUGAAGUCAGGAAGAGGAUCCUCGAUGCAGCUCUCCAUUGAUUUUGAGCGCUUGACAGAGACGACUGUAGCCCCGUCAAUGAACCAGAUGAUCAACCUAGGUCAGCGAGAUACAUGUGGUGGGGGAUCAUAGCCCUGCUCUCGAUUUUCAUCCUUGUGCGCGAGACGCAGGUACGUAUUUCGGACGAGCGUUAGGAGACCGGGCAGAUGCCUUGUCCAUCAGGACAGCCUCGCUGCAGGGGCUACUACGAGUGCUCGUAGGCUUUCGUGAAGGUCUAGCCCCGGACCACAGGUACAGCUUGGCGCCUGACGAAUACUCCUGUACUCCGUACUCCGUACUAGGUUUCCUGACCCUUUGGAACCUGAUUUGCCAGGAUUCUCUGCUGAUGGGAGGCUCGGCUGGGAUUUAUGGUGCGACCGUAUGAUCUCCAGCGUCUCAAGCGGUCCUUAUCGUCUCAAGUCGACGGGAUUUAGUGUUGUGAAUAGAAGAGGGAGGAGGGAAGAAGAUCUAAGAGAGGGAGAGAGAGAGAAACCGAAAAGGCUCAGGUAUCCAAGACUCCAGAAGCACUCAGGGAUUGCUCAGGAAGCGAAAAGAAAAUGGUGAGCUGAGGAAGAGGCAAAGCCUCAAGCGACUGACAAUAAGGGAAGAUAGAGGAUGGGCUCUUCGCGUCAUCCUACUGUUUAUGGACGUGUACAUACCUAGGAAGGUAGGUAGUAGGUAGGGAGGUA